AUGAAACCUCAAGACAAGUUUAUCGAGUGGAAUUCGAGCAUGGCACAACGACAGGGAAGCGAGUCAUCCGUAUCGAUGGGAAGUUCCAUUUUACAGGAGAUUCUACGGCGAGAUUGGAUGUUCAAGUUGGUUGGCAAAGAAUCAUUUCAACUCGGACCUAUGAAAUGCAUAAUCUCUGUAGAAGCACUAGGCACCUUCGCCUAUGAGUACUCCCUAGAGGUGAACGGCAAGAAUUACGAGAAAUUUCGUGAGGAACAGAGCAAAAAGCUAUUGUGCUGGGAAACUCACAUUGGAGGAGAGGAGACAAGGAUCGUACUAGGUUAG